AUGUGGAAGGAAUUUGCUCAGAGUCGUUUGCCACUUCUUGAACAGAACUGGAAGUACUUGUCAACUGUAGUGGAAGAACUACUCAAUGAAAAGGAAAAUAUCUUUCACCAGAAUAUAGAACAGUCCAGUGAAGCAACUGCACAGCCAAAGUUAAGAGUGCCACUGUCUGAAAUUGAAAAUAUUGUAGUGGAACCUUGUACCAGUGCAAAGUCAUCAACACAAACUUUAGUGGAUGUCGCAAGAACAACUGGAUUCAUUGACAGCGUGCAGAAUGAACUCAAUGUGGCAACCUGUAGCAAGUCAAAUUUGACCAAAAAACGUACUAAAAUCCUAGCUAACCUAGGUGUCACAAAACAUGAUAUUGAAGUAACCUCAGAUUUUCAAUGCAAUGAGAAGCCUGUAAAAGGUACAGUGAAAUGGAGCCACAUUGAAGCAUUUUAUCAGUUGGACAAAACCAACCCCAAUUUAGUUUAUGCUCCUCAACUGACAGAUAAUCAUUUGCGUCCAAAUUGUCAGCAGAAAAUGAGAGUAAAAUUAGCAGCACAAGUGUUUAGCCACUCUGUUACAACUGGCAUGUUAAUGAAAAUUGCUCAAAAUGAACUUCCGGCCGAAGCCCAUGUGACAGCAAAUUUCGUGCAAAAGUUUGACGAGCUAAGUCCAAAGAACAUGUCUAGACAAGGACCAUUAUUACUAAAAAGGUUUAUUAAUACAUCUGUUAAAAGACAGCCACUGCAACAAAUUCUGGACCUACAAAAACCAUCAAAAUCAUCAGAUACCAUUUCAACUCAUUGUGCAUAUAUUCAACCUACAUCAACGAACGUUUAA